ACAAACAAAUCUCAGUCGUUGUGACACGCUCGCCAAACAGACAUAUCUGAUAACGUAUCAAAUCAACGAUUGUGCAAAUGAGAACGCUAUCGUACGGUCGUGCCGCAAACAGAGGCCAGACUGCGAGCCUGAGGUCUGAACACUCUAAACCAAAGCCCUACCUUCCAGCAUUCGACACUCCGGCGCCGCAACGGGCGAACGUCGGACUCGCGUCACUAUCGUUCGAGUGAAUAGAGUGCGUGCAGUCUUCAACGUGCAAUGCCCAGCGCUCCCCGCGCCCCGCUACCCCUCGCAGGGCUAUGGAGACCCUUCUCGACAAAUUCAAGAGGGAGCAAGGAGGUCUGCGACGCUCCCGAUCCGUCCGCGCGUCCCUUCGUAUGAUAGGCAACCGCUGGCGAUCCAAAGACGAGCCAGAUGAUCUCGAGAAGCUUAAGCGGAACUCCGUCGUAUUCAGUACGCAGAUUUGGAGCACCGAAAAGGAUUACGACGUCGCUUAUACUGGAAUAGACGGGACCUACAAAUCGAAGACACCGGCGAUGGCGCGGAAGAAAUUGGAACCAGUGAAGCAGAGGAGGAAGAGUGGUGAUAUAGAUUUGAAUUUGAAGCCGCAGCGGCCGAAAAAAGUGGAGAAGACUAAGUUCAGUGAUUUGUUUAUGAAUAAGAAGCACAAAAGUAUGUCGGCGAAGGAGCUGAUCGUGCCGGAGAAGAUUCCGCCUAAAGCGGCUGCGUUACUGCACAUACAUUCUCCUGAUGGGAAGAAGAAAUUAAAGGGGAUGGCCAAGUCGGAGUCCGCGAAGUCUAUGGCGGAUUUGAUGAUACAGCAAAGGACUAGGAGAGGGUCUGAAAGCGACAUGACCUUUCCCAGUCAACCGAGGGGAUGUGUCAACCCCGCAUUCGUGUACAGCACGCCACCGAAGGAAAGAAAGCUGCCUCUGUCUCCUUCUGCAUAUCUCAAGCUCCAGUACGGUGCGCUGCUAGAAGGGUGCGGGGGGGAGCUGCCAUCACUCAGCGCGUGCGCACCGCUCCCCCCGCACCUCGACAAGGCAACUAGGCGACAACAAAAAGAUGCGCGCGCGCAACAAGACAAAAUUGCACAAGUUAACAUACAUUUGCAGGCGUUAUUUGCGGCGGUUGAACACGGAUACCUGGAUAAGGCUAGGAAUAUUCUGGAAUCAACCGACGUGGACGUAAACAGCCUCAAUGCAGAUGGACUGUCACCGCUGGACGUGGCCGUUCUGGGCAGCAACCGGCAGCUGGUCAAGAUGCUCAUGGAGUUUGGAGCCAAGGAAGGCACUCAAUUCAAAACCCCCGACGCUUUGGGUGCCCACCUGCGAAGGUUGACCAGGGAGGCGGAAUCUCGUCUGCAUGAGGUGGUUGGAUGUGCCCAAGAGAAGACUUGCAGAGACGACGCGUGUACAAGGUCUUCGGCCAGUGGUCAAGCUGGAACGACGGGAUGCGCAGGCGGCGCGGGGUCAGAGAGGGACAAACAGGCGCAGCACUGGGAGAGGAGGGUGCGGACGUUAAAACGUCUAGUCCUAGGCUGGCAGCAGUCCCGCGCCCCUCCCGCCCCUCCACCCCCUGACCUGGAAGUAUGCGGAUCCCAUGCUGUCACCGUGAGGCUGAAAGACGCCAGGGGGAACUUACUAAAAGACCCACCGAUAGUCACCAAAUAUAGAGUGGAAUGGUCAUCGCGGGCAGACUUCUCCAACGUGUGUGGCACUCGGGACGUACCAUCUACUGGAUCUAACAACACCCGGGUGCUCGCCACGGGGCUGACUCGAGGGCGGCGGUACUUCUUCAGGGCGGCAGCGGGAAAUUUAAAGGGCUGGGGACCUUAUAGCGUCACGGUGCCAAGGAGCGUCGUACCUAGUAGUUGGCGAGACGUAUCAGCCCGCGUGGUGCGCGGCACGGGUGGCGGCGCGGCGGCCGCUCUGGAAGCCCUGUCAGCAGCCGCGGCCGGAGCCCGAGCGCGCCCCACCACCGCGCCGCCGCGCCCGUCUAGAAAAAAAACCACUACUAUACGACAGCUGUUCACAGCGGCUAGCAAGUUCCAGAAGAAUCUAAGAAGGGGCGUGUACCUAGCAUGUAUCCUAUACCAUGAAGACAAGGUCUUGGUGACGAGCGAGGAGUUCCUGCCUGUCAUCGAAGUGGACGAGACCUACCCCACCUGUAUAUACACUGACUUCCAUUGGCUAAUGAAGGUAUCUUGCGCUUGGGACGACGUGAAGGCUCUUCGGUCGGAUAUGGAGAAACACACCUCUUCCUCAAUACACUUUCGACUGAAACUGCUGACUGCGGCUGCGCAAAUGCAAUCCGCGUUGUGCAUACAGGAUCUUGGUCAAUUAUACCACAAGCCACUACGCGACUCCCACGGCACAGUGGUGCUAUCUUGCGUAAACGGAGUGAAGUCAGCCAAGGCCGUGUCGGCUUUGAACUCCCGCUGGGCGCCCGUGUCAAGGUUAAGGAGAAGGGUACUUAGUGACGAUAAUACCAUUGGGGAACUGCUUAUGGCGUCCGUACAUGAGCAGAUUGCUUAUCAUCAGGUUUCCCGAGUGCAACUGCCACGAGGCUUAUAUCUUGGUUACUUGAAGUUGCAAUCCUCGGUGGAAGUGGUCCGGAUAGUGGCCCCGGCGCGGACUCCAAACGUGCCUCCACACACCAGGGUCAGGGAAAAUCCACACGUUUCCGCUGAAGAAUGGGAUUACUUAAAAAAUCAGUCCGGUAGAGUAUGCAACGAGGAAGCGCAACCUGUCAAUAGUCUGGUUUCAAUAAGGGGCCACCAAGAAAAGCCAUCAGAAUCUCAAGAAAUGUUCCUAGACCAUAUCGCGUCCGCAGCGAGGCGGCUCUUCAAAGAAAUGGAGAUACCUAUCGAAAGCGUCAUCGCCCACCGAAUCUAUGACCUCGAGGUCAUCGAACUUAACAGUGACGUCAGCUUCAUCAUGAUAUGCCCACCAGCAGAACAAGCUUGCUCAGUACCAGGCCAAAAAGAAAUACUCCUACAAAAAGGAGACUUGCUCAGCUUACCUAUACAAGCGUUCGAAAUGAUUCACCUUCAAACUUAUCACACUAAUAUUCUUAACAAAUACUCCAAACUUAGUUGCGUAUUAGAAUUAGAUGUAGCUUUAGCCGCUCAUUCUCACCGAGAAGCGUUUUCGUGUACAGAAAUGCAGACAGCCAAAGAACGUUUGACAAAAUUAGAAGAUCUGCAAAAUAAUUUAAAUACGAUAUGGAAAGCGGAAAGAUGGUUGAUGGACUUAAUUGGUUUUGCGAGAGAUAAAGAUAAAGCUAUAUCUUGCUCUGGAAUACUGCUCAAACACAUAUUCGAUAAAACGCCAAGUCAAGUAAGUGGGGACUGUGUUGAUAGUGAGACUGACUAUAAAGAAUCUAGUUUGAAAGUGGAGUUCCUACAGAUACCUUCAAGAGAUGGAAAAAUUACUAAAAGCUCACCGGGACGUGGGUCAUGGCCGGGCCCGGCUGGCAACGGGAAUCAUACUAGCUUGCACCCAGAAUUUAGUAAAUCCGAACAGCAACUAAGCUUAGCACCACGCCAAACAUCUGUGUCUACACUAAAUUUGAGCAGUUCCCAAUAUUUGAACGCUGAACUUCAAUACUCUAGCAGAAAAGGAAGUGCUGACUCUCAGUAUACUCAGUCAAGCGCUGUGAGCAACAAUUUCUUAAGUAGCAACUCGCAAUUCGACAUAAAAUCCACAAGUUCUCAUACGAGUACGGCCAGCAGUAGACUACCUCCAUCGCGAAGUGAAGAUACCUUGGUUCUUCAGAAUGAAAAUGUAGAACCUAAACCACGACCUCACAGUAUUAAUACUAGCGUGUCUAAUUCAUCAAGCCCUUUAUUAACAGUCAAGGGGUUUUACCCUGGAAGUAUGAUUAGCAUGAGAACGAAUAAAGGGAACGUGUCUGAAUCCGCCCAGAGUCUUUCGAGUGACUCAGAAAGCCAGAGCUGUCCAAUAACAACAGUUCCUUUAAAAAUCCGUCCGCAAGGGAAACAUUACAGGACUGCUUGCAACGUGAUAUCAUCUAAAAGCAUGACUAAUGUUAAGGCAUCAGACGUAGAUUUCACUGAUACAGGUCAAGAAAUGUUUCCUAAAACAAGUGUGAAACGACAGCCGCUUUUGGAGACACAAGAGGACGCAGAAUGUAAUAGUAAGGUUCAGAAGACUAAUGAAAGGAGUGAUAGCGAGGAGCAUGGUAAUGCAACUGACGAACAGCGAUCUCUUGAUCAGCCUGGUCCUUCUUCUGGUAUACUUCAGGUAUAUGCUGCUUAUGAAACCGGAUUGGCAGUCGGUACAUCCCUUAAAAUACACGUGACACCGCGCACCUCGGCCCGCGAAGUUAUCAAUUUGGUUGUCAAACAACUCAAUAUGGCGGCCAUAUUGAAAGGCAGGCAAGGACCAGUUUACGGUCCUGAAAGGUUCAAGGAUUUCUGCCUUGUCGCUAUAAUUGGAGCCCGAGAAAGAUGUUUACGAGAUGAUUUUAGGCCUCUGCAGUUGCAAAACCCUUGGAGGAAAGGACGGCUAUACGUCAGGCUCAAACACGAGGUGCUAGCAGCUUUGGAGCAGUCGGCAAAGCAACCAGCGUUCAUUUAAAGACUUGAAAAAGUUGUGAAAAUUAUCGAAUGUACAGAUUCUAGCAAAUAUAUAACAGUUUGAGUUAGAGAGAGAACUAGAUACUACUAUAAUUAACACUUAUUAUUUUGGUGCCAAUACUUACUUUGUUGUUGCUUUACUAGUUAAGUCGCAAGUUGUGAGUAUUAUAGCGUUAAAUCAGAUUUGGGUGCUUUCCACUUCGAAUAUAGCUAAAUAAAUAACGAUCAGAGGAACUAAAAUAUCUUUCAAUAAUUAUUAAAAUUUCUAGUUUGGCACAACAUUAUAAUGACUAUCGUUGAAAUAGCUUUGUCUGUCUAGUUGAAUUUUAACUCUUGUUGUUCUCUGUAGUUUCUAACACUUCUAGAUUAUAAGUGCUGUUGUGGAAAAUUUAUUAAUCAAACAAGAUAUGUAUAAUGAUUUAUUAUAUUUAUUUCACGAAGUCUGACUGACUAGACUUUAAGUGCCUGUUUUAUUUGAAAAACUGAUAAGUAACGUCAUAUCUUCAAGGGAAACAGGGUUUACUGAAAUGAAUAUCUUAAAAUUAAUGGAAUACAUAAUUGUUUUAUUAUUUUUAAAAAUUGUGAGGCAUUGAUGCUAUUUUUAACUUAUUCAGAAAACUAUUUCAGAAAAUAUCAUCUAUAGUAAUUGUAUAAUUAUUAUUCUUAUAUGUUUGGGAAAGUGUGAAUAGUUUGUUAUAGAAUUACCUAACGUAUUAACAUGUAAAUAUUAUAAAGGUAAGGUUGUAUAAAAAACGUUGGUGACAUUAUAAAUUGAACUUUAUUUCCUACCUUCUUUUGGCAGGUAUUUUACCUACAUACUCGGUAUUUAUUGCAAAAUUUAAUGAAUUGAAAUAAAUUUUUAUAAUAUUUAACUCUCAUAAAAUUAUAGUAAUUUUUGAAGUUCCCUCCAUAUUGCUAUUUUUUAUAAUUUAAUCAACCGAUCUCUAUUGAAGUAUUCUUCUAUAAAUAUUAAUUUAUGAAUAAAGCUAAGUAUAUUUUUUUAAGCUAAUUGUGAACAACGUUUCGAAUAUUAAAAAAUAAUAUUUGUAAUACUCAGAGUAAAUAAUGUUUGUGAUUAAAAAAAAAUAUUCACGAGUGUACAUUUAGGUAAUGGUGUACAUAGUGACGAAUGUAAAUUAGAAAUUGAAUACAUAUAUUAUAAUUAAACAAAAAUUAUUAGUAAACUAUUCGAGCCAUAAAAAUACGCAAUUGUAAUGAAGCCUAACUAAAUGUCUUAUGAUAAUAAUAUACUUUAUUUUAGAAUAUUAUCAAAUAUUCACCCUAUCCGGUGUUGUAAAUUAGAUUUUAGCUAGAGUGAGAGUAUGGAGUG